AUGAGGAUAGUAGAUAAAGAAGAAAAUAAUAAUGGACAUUAUAAAUAUGAUACUACUGAAAGAGAAGGAAAAAAAUAUAAUAAUUCGUUAACAUAUGUAUUUGAGAAAAAUGUAAUUAUACUAGAUUCAUUUAUUACUACAUAUUUAAUGACAUAUUUUAAGGAUGUAGAAAUUAGAUUAAAUAAUAAUAAAGUCAAUGAUACUUUUUUAAAUUAUUUAAAAGAACAAGUCGAAAAUUUACAUGAACAGUUAAGAAAUAAUAAUGAACAAUGUAGAAAUGAAGAAAAUAAUAAAUCUGCUGAAAAUGAAAAUAAUGAAAUAAUAAGUAAAGACAUUUUAUUAUUGGACGAACAAAAUGAAGGAAUAAUAAAAUCUAUUUAUGAAAAUAUUGAGAAUAUAUAUCUCGAUAUAUUUUUCUUACUAUAUACUAAUGAUGAAGUUGAAUAUAAAUAUAACAUAAUAAAAAUGAAUAUAAAUAUUUGUGUUGAAAAAAAAAAAAAUUAUAUUAGCUCAGGAGAAUGUUUAUUGGUUAAUAAAACAUGGGAUGGGAAUGUUAACAAAAUUAUGAAUCCUGAACAAGUUACAACAAAAAACACAUCAGAUAUAAUUAACAUAAAAAAUGAUGAACUAAAUAAAGAGGAUAGCAAAUUAGUGAUUGUGUUUAAAGAUGGGUGUAACAUGUCUGAAGAAGAUAAAAAUAAAAUACUUAAUAAUUUUGUUAGCAAUAUAAAAUUACAUUUUUUUAAUGAAGAAAAAGAUGUUUUAAUUGGUAUUCAAAAAAGUUAUAACAAAAUAUAUGACAAAAGCAUGUCCAAUUUAUCUAUAAAUAAAUCACUUAGUUGUAUAAGUAAUUUUUUUUUCAAAAUGUAUGAACCAGAUUUUUAUAAUUGUUCUAUACAUAAAAAAAAUAAAAUAUGUUAUAAAAGUUUAUAUGAUAAAUAUAAUGAUAUUAUGAUAAAAUCAAAAAUUAUUAAAUUAAAUAAAGAAAUGAUAAAAUACCUUUUAAUAGAUUCUAUAUUUAUCCCAAGUUAUGUAAAAAAAAAUACUUAUAAAAAUAUAGAUGAAAAUGUAUACUCUUCUUUUUCGUCUUAUUCUGAUAAAACAUCUUUAAGCUCAACUAGCCAUAAUGAAGAAAGUUCAUCCAGCAAAAGUUAUGAUAAUUCUUUUUUGAGUGAUGAAGAAGAAAAAGAUACUAUAUUACAAACUUCUGUAAAUGAUAAACGGGAAGACGAUUUAAGUAAAUUGCCAAUAAAUAAUAAAGAUACAAAGACGAGGGAAAAUAAUAAAGAUACAAAGAUGAGGGAAAAUAAUAAAGAUACAAAGAUGAGGGAAAAUAAUAAAGAUACAAAGACGAGGGAAAAGAGUGAAAAUAAUAAUAAGCUUAAUGAACGAAAGAAAAAACGAGGAAAUGCAUUAUUUUACAAUAAAAAUUUCAGAACCAUUUUAGACAAAAUAAAAAAUACAAUUGAUGAAUUUAGUAAUAGUGUAUUUAUUAGAAUUGAUGGAAGAAAUUUAAAAAAAGGAGCAUUUGUAAAUAAUUCGAAUUUAGAAAUAAAUACAUUAUAUGAUGCAUUACUAAUUCUAAAGAGUUGUACAAGUGUUUAUAAAGAAUUAAAAGAAAAUGGAAUUAAUAAAAAAAAUGAACAUUAUUUGAUAAUUUCAAAAUAUGUUAAUAUAAAUAUUUGUUUCAUGUUUGAAGUAUAUAUAUAUGAAAAAAAAAUAGUAGCUAUCUCUCAAAAAUAUUUAAAUCAUUAUUUUGAUUUUUUAAAUGAUAUAAAUAUUAUAAUUGAUAUAAUAAAUAGUAUAAAGCUAUUUUAUGAAAACAAAUUAAAAAAUACAUUUGAACAUGAAAAUUACAAAUGUCUUUUAUAUAUCCACACAUUUAAAAAAACGAAAAAAAAAAAAAUUAUUUUAAUCAAUGCAAAAAGUUGGGCAUAUAAAAAUAAACAUCCUAUAUAUACAAACUCGUUCUUAAAAAGUUAUAUCUAUACAAAUAAUAAGGGGGUUCUUGUUGAUGAUUCUAAUUAUUUAAAACAUGGAAUCCAAAAAUAUGCUAGCCCGUUUACAAAUGGAGAUGAGAUAGAAAAUGGAAAUGCCGAUGAAAAAGACAACAUAAUUUAUAUCAACCAUGAUUUAUACUUUUAUGAUGGCAUAUUAUAUUAUUGUAUUGUAAAAAAUGACGCUAUUUUGAAAAAAAAUGAAAAUACAUUUCCUAAGGAUCUUAACUAUAUCAAGGAUGGCGAAAUCGAUAUAGAUACUUUAAUGGAAACAAUUAAAAAGGAAAAUAAUAUUCAAUAG